GUACAGUGAGACAGCUCAGCGUGAGAAGAUUGAAGCGACGUUGAUAGGAUGGUCCUUUUUUUACCAACCUUGCUAUCGCUGGCAAGCUUAGCUCAGGCAUCGGUAUUUUUAAGUCAUCCUCCUUUAGAACACACUCCAGGAAAUAGCCUUGAUGAAUGUGAGCAACGUUUCCCAAACAAUAAGUAUGUACUAAAGCCAACACCAGCGGCAUACGGCGGGCUUCGUGCCUUUGCAGGAGAGUUUCAACACAUGGCCGCGAUCGGGUGGACAAGGACGUAUUACAACGCAUACCCAACAAUCGAUUAUCUUUGUGGAGGCAGUUUAAUAACUUGGAAGUUCGUUUUAACAGCCGCUCAUUGUUCUGCUGACGGAAACAACAUUCGUCCGGAUACAGUACGAUUGGGAGACACAAAUCUCGCUAGCUUCUACGAUGACAAGUAUGCACAACAAAUUCCAAUCGCACGCUUUAUCAAACAUCCGCAGUAUCGAUGUUCGCGAAAGUACUAUGAUAUUGCUGUUGUUGAACUUGGGCAAUCCGUUAUGACAAACACAGCAAUUUGUGUUGCGUGUCUGUGGCGUGAACAAGACGCUCCGGGAGGCCUGAUGGACGCGGUGGGCUUUGGUGCUACGGAGUUUGCAGGAAGCCGGAGCUCCACCCUACAGAAGGUAAAACUACAGACCCUAAAUAAGACAAUAUGUGCUAAACGUUUACCGGCCAUGCGAAGCGAAAUGCCGGAAGGCUUGCGUGACGAUCAACUGUGUGCACAUAGUGCAACCAUGGACAUGUGUGAAGGCGACUCAGGAGGCCCACUGCAAACGGAUCUACACGAUUUGUUCGGUAACAUCUUCCCGAUGGUGGUAGGUGUGGUUUCGUUUGGAACUCCUUGCACUGAUGGGUCAACGGGAGUGUACACAAGGGUUAGCUCGUACCUGGAUUGGAUCGAGCAGGAGGUACAUCAGUCGUUUAGCUACCAAGCCUGUGCUGCAGUGAACUGUUACAAUCGUAAACUGAACCCAUCCAUGUUCGGUAAGGUUGACAAAGUAUGGGAAAGAAGUCGCGUAGGGUUGCUGUGGCAGGAAUACGAAACGGACAUACAUCAGUGCGGUGGACUCCUGGUUGACUACCAGUUUGUUAUCACAUCGGCGAGCUGUGUAACUUCCAGUAAAGGACCUCCAAGAUACGUAGCCCUUAGCUCUGAUAGCGAUCGUGCUGCUAUAGAAUCAGUGACUGUUCAUCCAUGGUUCACAAAGGGCCACCCAUAUUUUGAUAUCGCCGUUAUAAAGCUACGAGUGUAUGCCAAUUUAGAUAAAAUAUAUCCAGCCUGUAUAUGGUCGGAGGAGCAGCAUGGUGAUUGGAGAAAUGACAGCAUUCUGGUAGGCGCUUCUUAUCUAGAAGAGCAUAAUGAUUUGUACACCAGAAAAUCGGUACAAUACUAUGUUGGUGGCGAACGCUGCCGUGUAGGAGAAAAUGUUGAUUACAACGAUCUUAGCUGCAUAAGUAAGGAUGCAACGCUAUUGCCAGGAAUAUGCAAGAUUGACCAUGGAGGUCCAGUAAUGAAGAAAUUUGACGGAAAACAAUACAUCGUACAUGGUAUCGUGUCCAGUUUGACGCAGGGCUGUGAAGGUAAGGUGAUCUUCACCAGUUUGACACCUCACCGAGAAUGGUUGGAGGAGAUCAUGUACAAACAGCAGCAAGAUAUGCUAUGGAUGUAGUGUAGUCUGAACAGAGUAAUAAAAGGAAAUAUAGUUGAACUAAAACAA